UUUUGCAGUUGAAUUGACUGUCUUAGUGGCUCAGUUUGUGUUAUAGAAUGGGUUUGAUCAAAAUUGCUGUUUUGGUAGUUCUUUAUCACCAGUUAGUAUGGCAUGCUUUCAGCUGCGCAGUCGAAGAUGGAUCCUUGGAUUUCUCCUUGAGUGAUGUUGGAAGAGUAGUUGGAGAAAAAGACAAUUCUAACUCUGUCCAACUGCAGGGCACUUUUAGCCAGGAUGACGCUGAGGGAUCCAGUUCUGUGAAUGCCACCUUCAGCCAGGACGAUGCUGAGGGGUCUGGUUCUGUCAACGCCACCUUCAGCCAGGACUCUCCUGAGGGUUCUGGUUCUGUCAACGCCACUUUCAGCCAGGACUAUGCUGAGGGGUCUGGUUCUGUCAACGCCACUUUCAGCCAGGAUGAUGCUGAGGGGUCUGGUUCUGCCAACACCACCUUCAGCCAGGACUCUCCCGAGGGGUCUGGUUCUGUCAACACCACCUUCAGCCAAGACUAUGCUGAGGGGUCUGGUUCUGUCAACACCACCUUCAGCCAAGACUCUCCUGAGGGGUCUGGUUCUGUCAAUACCACCUUCAGCCAAGAUGAUGCUGAGGGGUCUGGUUCUGUCAACGCCACCUUCAGCCAGGACGAUGCUGAGGGGUGUGGUUCUGUCAACGCCACCUUCAUUGAUGUGGAAUAA